AGCUGUUGCACGAAUGAAGACGCUUCGAUUUAUGAUGCUACGAUAUGCUAACCAUUUUGGUUUGGUUAAAGCCGAGGGCAACCUUCGGGUGUCCCUCCGCCUCCAGCUUGAGCUGGACUGAAAGAAAAGGAAGAGGGAAAGGAACGAGUUCUUCAGUGCCUGUGCACAGUCUAGUUCAAGACUCACGAUGAUAGUGAACGUCCCGUGAAGAUUCCUCCGGCCGGGCUGCCCUUCUCUGCCUAAACAAGAAAACUAGUGUCACCGAGCGUUGUGGACCGACCACCGUUUGCACAGGUCGCGGAACCUCUACAGAUCAAUCUAAUUGAGUGCUUUUCACCACGUUCUCCACGCUAGCAUGACGACGAAGAGUGUAAAAACGAAAUUAGUCCCGCCGGAUGGAGGAUGGGGAUGGGUCGUCCUUUCUUCAGCUCUUGUCGUGAACUUCCUUAUUCCGGGUACCGUGAAAUCGUUUGGUGUCCUCUUCGUCGAAUUUCUUCACGUUUUCAAAUCCACCUCUACCGCCGCCUCAUGGAUGCCAGCUUUAUGCUACUUUUUAUACAACUCUUUAGGUCCACUAUCCAGCAUUUUAUCAACUAGGUACUCCUACAAAACAGUGACCAUCAUCGGCGGCGCGUUUGCAGCUAGCGGGAUGAUGCUGAGUUACUUUGCUAAUUCAGUUUCCUAUUUAUACGUUAGCUAUGGUUUGAUGGUUGGAAUUGGUGCAGGACUAACGUUUCCACCAACAGUGUAUAUUGUAACUUCAUAUUUUGAAAGGCUUCGAGGUUUCGCAAAUGGCUUGUGCAUCUCUGGUAGUGCAAUUGGAACUAUCGUGUUACCACCUUUUCUACAAUAUCUUCUUGACUGUUUUGGAUAUAGAGGUGCAGUAUUAAUCAUGGGUGCACUCACAUUAAAUACAUUGGUAUGUGGUUUAUUAUACCAUCCUGUUGAACAACACAUGAUCAUGGUACCAGUAGAAGGAGGAAUUGAUAAUCAAGGAUUAACCAUAGAUGAACCAGUCCCCCAUAAAAAAAAACCAACAGAUCUUUUCAAAGCAUCCAGCACAAUUGAGAACGAAACAUCAUGCAGCAAUACAAGAUCAAAGAAAGAAGAAAGUUCUGGAACUAAAAGUAUAAUGAAUAACUCUAAAGUAAAUUUUUGUUUGAAAGAUAAAAAUGAGGAUAAAGGCGAUGAAGCAAAGAAAAAAAAUACUUCCGAAAAAGGUCCUAGUUUGAACAAAGAGAAAGAAGAUACAGUAAAUUGUCAAAACGUGGAUUCUUUACGAAGAGAAAGUAAUACUUCUGAAGUUCUUGUAACUUCCAAUAAAUUAAAAAAUGAAAAACUGGAAUUGAAUAACACAUCGUUAAGUAAGAACAGAGAUGAGAAGUUGUUUGAAAGUUCGAAAAGAGAACUAGGAGAAUUGGCAGAAAAAUCAAUAUCUGGAACAUCGUUGACUAAGGUUGAAGUAAAAAAUAAACGACAAUUCUUUGACUUGAGUGUACUUAGAGAUCCAAUUUAUUUAGUAAUUCUCAUUUCAAACUCUACCUCAGCUAUCAGCAAUACCAAUUUUAUGAUCUUACUGCCUUCAUAUGCUAUUUCACAAGGAUUUGAUAAGAAUUCCUCAGCGUUACUUUUAUCAAUUGUUUCUGCUCUUGAUUUAGUUGGACGAAUCAGUGGUGCUUCAUUAUCAGAUAUCGACUUUGUGCCAAAGUAUUAUUAUUUCGUUGGUGGUCUGGGUACUAGUGGAAUAGCUUUGGCAUUAUUACCUAUGGCAACAAGUUAUACAAUGCUUUCUUUCUUUUGUGCAUUGUUUGGAUUGUCUUCAGGCAUGUACAUUGGUAUUACAACAGUAAUUUUAGCAGAUAUGCUUGGCACAGAAAAACUUAGCUCGUCGUACGGGAUAUCUUUAUUUGUUAAUGGAGUUCUUCAAUUAAUUGGUCCACCUAUAUGUGGCGUUAUAUUUGAAACAAUAGGAUCAUAUAAACCCAUAUUUCUAGCAUUUGGUAUUAUACUUAUUCUUGGCACUGCAUUAUGGGCAGCCGUACCUCUUAUAAAGAGGAGCAACAAAAAGUCUUUACAAGUUGUAUAAUAUUUCAUAAUUACUAGUUUCUAUAAUGAAUAUUGCACAAGUUUAAAGAUUGUAAGGUAUUAUAGAUUUGUUAAUAACAGCAUUAUAACUGCCAUUUAAACCAUACAGUUUUUUUAAGAAAAUUUUUCAUUUUUAAUCAUUUAAAGUCGCAAGUUAGUCUUUUUAUUCACAGAUCUAUAGUAAUACAUCAUUAAUAUUAUUAUCAUUCCGAAUACUGAUACUGAUCUAAUUUUAUUUGUGUAUAUUGAUAUACUUAAUAACUUAUAGUUUAAUUAUCAGUGAGUUUACUAUAGUUUUAUUUAGAUAUAAUAAGGAAAGAAUAUUUAGAAAAUAAAAUAGUUAAACUAUUAUGCAUAAUUCUAUUAUCAUUAAAUAACAACAAUUAAUGAUACAUAGUGAAAAACUUAAUUAUUUUACUGCUAUGGUUGUAAAUGGGCAUAUAUGCAGUCAUAUUUGAUGUUAAUAAUGAAAUUAUAUGGACAAGAUAAAAGUAGAAAUAAGAAUAUAUUAACCCUACGUUUACGUAUUAAUAUAAAAUCUAUUAUAUGAUUUAAAAUUUUAAGUCAUGAUUACAUAUCAAUCGUACUGUAUACAAUUCCAAAACAAACGAUUAUAGCAAGAAGGAUAUUUUAAUAUAAUCGGUAUAGUAAUGCACAAACGUAACUUUAUUAUGAUAUCAUUAAAGUUUAACAUCUCAAGUUUACCAACCAUUAAUGAAAUUGAAUCAUGAUUUUCUAAUAGUUAAAUAAUGCUUAUAAUAAUAAUAAAUAAUUUCUGCUAAAAUUGGCAAAAAGAUUAAUAUUAUGUUAAAUAAAAAAAAAAAAAUAAAAAUGAAUUUACUAUUUGUGAGAAAGCUUUUUAGGAAUUUAUAAUUAUACCAAAGUAUUUUUUUGUAUACUACUAUCAAUUUUCAAUGAUUUCUUGGUGCUUAAACUUGUUGGUAUACUAAUUUCGUCCAAUAUUAUAGUACAAUCUAUAUACAAUGUAUUACUGAGUUACAUGUGUCUUUCCAGAAAUAUCAUACAUUAAUACAUGUUAAGUAGAAUUGUUAUUGUGCAAUACUUUUACUAUUACUAAAAUUUUUCUAACUAGUUUCAAUAUAUUUUUAUAUACUUCAUUAACUGUAAGGAGAUAUUAUACUUUAAAUAGGCUACUCUAAGGACAUUUUUGAAAGUUUCCUGUGAAGAAAUGUAUAUAUAGUUAUUGAUAUUUUAGUUACUUAAAAGUAAAAAUUAUAAUCCAUUACUAUUAAUAUCAUAGAUAAUCAGAGAUUACAUAUCAUAGCUGUAUUGUCCAUCACACUUUGUCUGAAAAUUCUUCCAAAAUGAUGGUACUAAUUAAGCACAACUUACAAUUAAUCAGCAGAAAUAAUUAAAUGUAAAUUUAUCUUAAUCCUUGCACAUAUAGUUACUUUUUUACACAAUAUGGUGCUAAUUAGUAAUAUGAAAUUUGCUAUUUAAAAUUUGUGACUUCUAUAAACUGUAAAAAGUAAGACUUGUAAUAUUGAUCCAACAGUAAUUUUGUCAAUUUUUUAAAUUUGGCUAAAAUUCACUACUUCCAAAGUAUGUUUUUAAAACACUAAAUGUGUAAGAAAUGUAAAAAUCCCAAAGUUGACAUUUUUUCAAUCUUUAAAAGUAGAACAGUCUCUUAAAUAAAUAAGUCAUCUUUUAUAGAUGAUCUGAAUUUUUGGAUAGUUCACAGAGACAUAAAGGUCUUCAAAAUUCAAAUAUUGUACAAGUUUUAUUUUUCAAGAAAUAUUAAUCCAAUACAAACUGUAAUAGUUCUAAUUCCAAUUUUAGUACUAAAUAUAUUAAAGAAACAAAGACAAUGAUAUAAGUAAAUUGUUACAUUAUUUAUGUCAUUGUUUACAUCAUGAAAAGUAUUGUAUUAGUAGACUUAUUAGAGAAUCUUUUUACUAGGAGAGAUUAAAAAUUAUUAGGUUCUGUUUAUUAUAUGUGCAUAGAAAAUUUUAAUUGUAUAUUUAUACCAAAUACUCAGCUGUUUUUAUUUAUAUUAGUUAUAGAUUUUUCCAUGUGUUACAAUAUCAUUAAACACUGAUGAUCUGGAUUCCUGUGCACAUACUCUCUGGUAAAAAUUAAUUUCUUCAAUUUUGUAUAAACGUGAUGCGUCAAUACGCAUUAAAUUUUUUAGUUCAAGUUUUUAUUUGAAUACUAGUUAAAAUUUUAAGAAACAAGAAAGUCAUCUAUGUAUUGCAGUAUAUAUACUUAUUAUGGUUUUCUUUUAGAGUUAAUUGAACAAAAUUUUUGUAUUGUAAAGAAAAUUUCUGAUUUUUGUAAUGAUAUUAAGAAUGAAUGCGAAUGAUUAAAUGUUACAAAUGUAAUUUUUAUAUCUGAGUAGCAUUUAUUUAAAAUAAGUUGUAAAAUAAUCAGACAUUAUGAUUACAAAUAAGAACAAUGGAAUGUAGAGAGAAAAAGUAAGAAAAAUAAGAAAGUAUUAUCAAAUGUAUUUUCUACUGAAAAUAAAGAGAAUUAUGUCUGUA